GUCCUAUCCACAUUGAUUCUCCCCACAGUCCAUCAUGCCUCGCGAGAAUCAAAAAAGAGGUCGCAGAGCGAUCGACAAGGCAAAAAAGGAUGAAAGCAAACGGAAACGCGAAGAAGCGCCCGAAGACUCCGUGGCCAAGCGACUGAAGCCUUCGACAGACGAGAACGCGAUUACUGAAGGAGCAGAUUACAUACCGUUGGAAGAAGGCCAAGACGGUGCGCCCGGCAGUGAUAUGGAAUUUUAUGGUCUCCUUGACAGCGAUGAGCAAGAGUAUUUCAGCCGAGCGAACGAGAUGCUGGAGUUGAACCAGUUCCAGGAUGCUGAGGAGAGGAGGUUGUUCGUGGACAGCGUGUACCGGGAGGCUAGAGGGAAGGAGUUAAAGAUUGCGUGCAGUCAAUCUUGUUCGAGGCUUAUGGAGAAGUUGAUUUCGAUGUCGGACAUUUCCCAGAUUCGAAGACUCUUUAGCAAGUUCAUCGGCCAUUUCCUACAGCUUGUGCAGCACCGAUUCGCAAGCCACUGUUGCGAAAGACUUUUCAUCAAUGCUGCGCCUGGAGUCACCCAGAAGGUGUCGUCGAAGCCCAAAGGAAAUACGCGCGGUGAGGACGAGGAGGAAGACGACGAACCGGAACCCGAGCUGUCGCUAGCGGAGAUGUUCAUGAAGGUUGUGGAGGAGCUGCAAGGAAACUGGGGCUAUUUGUUGACGGAAAGAUUCGCAUCGCAUACAGUCAGAGUUUUACUUCUUGUACUUGCGGGGGAGCCAGUGGAUGUGUCGUCGAGCGACUCGGUCGUGGCUAGCCGGAAGAAGGAGAGACUAGGACUUGUGGCUCGAGAGACUGAGGAAGUGAACACCAGCACCGAGAAGAGGAGCGUUCCAGAGUCCUUUGAGAGCACACUGAAACAGGUCAUGCAGGACAUGGUCUCCACACUUGACGACACAUACCUCCGCGCACUCGCUACGCACCCUGUUGGAAACCCGGUCUUGCAGGUGCUGGUUCAGCUGGAGCUCUCUCAUUUUGGAAAAUCAAGCGCUAAGCAAUCCAAUGCGAUAAUCAAGCGGUUGAUCCCCGAUGAGAAUUUCCAAGAAGGGUCAGAAAGCGUGGUUUUCAUCCGUGGUCUACUUUACGACCCUGUUGGCUCUCGUCUGCUUGAGACUAUGGUGCGAUGGAUGCCCGGAAAGAUGUUCAAGCCCCUCUACAAAAAUUUCCUUCGCGAUCAGAUGAGUUCUCUUGCGCGCAACCAAACCGCCGGAUAUGUCGUCCUUCGGGUCCUGGAGAGACUGGGAAAGGACGACUUACAGGCAGUAAUGGACCAAAUUGCACCCAAAAUACCUAGUCUGCUCGAGCGUUCGCGCACAAUUGUACCCAAGGUAUUGAUUGAGCGCUGUCUUGUCCGAGGAGUUGACACCAAGCCCCUUGCCAAAGCCCUAGAAAGUGCCUACGACUCCGACCCAGCUCGCAGGCUAGAGCAAAUUCUCAAACUGGAGACCGAGGCUUCCGAUGGCGAGGCAAAGCCCGAGUUUACGAAGAACCCAUCCACUCAGGAUAGUAACCCGGCAUCUGCUGCCGCGGAGAAGCUGCACGGCUCCCUGCUUGCCCAGACAAUACUUACAGCGCCGGGCCCAUUGAGUGGUCUCAUUUUCUCCGGUUUAUUGGCACUACCCUCAGACACUUUGCUGAAGAUCUCCAAGGAACCAACAGCUUCUCGUGUUGUACAACAAGCUCUGACAGCAUCUACCUCUACACCACAAUUCCGCCGCCAGUUUACCAGCCGCUUUACGGGCCACCUGAAAGAGCUUGCACUUGACAGCAGCGGGUCCCACGUGGUUGACGCGUUAUGGCCAGCAACCAAGGAUAUUUUCUUUGUCAAGGAGCGAAUGGCACAGGAACUGGUACAAAAUGAACUUGCUCUCCGCGACUCUUUCGUCGGACGCGCCGUAUGGAGAAACUGGGCGAUGGAUCUGUACAAGAGACGACGGGGCGAAUGGGCCGCCAAAGCCAAAGGUGGUGAUACCAACAACGGCCCUGGCGAAAAGCCCAUGUCCAAAAUUGAACUCGCGCGUGCUCGAUACGCUGCUAAAGCCAAUGAGAACAUGAAGGAACAGCCGACCCCCGUGGCCGCGGAGCCAUAAUCGAGGAAGGUGCACAGCUCGUUGCCCAAUCUUUUCCUUAGCGGUUGUUGACGGUAAAAAAAAAAAGCAUAUGUCGUAUGAAUCCAGGAGUUUAGGGUCAUAAACGGGUCUUUUUGAACCAGGUAUUAUUGUUCUUGUAUAGAAGUUUAUGGGUUAAUCCUGAAGCAUACAUUGUUAUCCUGUCGUC